CGCUUCCGGAAUCAGAGUCUGCCAGCAACUGCCGGUAUUGCGUCGAGGCUCCCGAUCGUGCAGGUACAGUAAUCUGAUUUGAAAUCAUCGUCGAAAGGAAGGAUGCGUGCGUAACUUCACAGAGAGGCGCUCGUACCUUUGAUCAUUCGGGCGCGCGUAGAAACAUCGAUGGAAUGCUCGGGAAGUAGCGUAGGGAGCAUGCCCGAGCUGGUGACUAUGAUUAUUUGGGAGGCUUUUCUGGACACCAUCAAACGACCCGUGGAGCGCUCAGAGAUCGAGGAUCGCACUGCGUUUCUCCUAGCCAUCACUGGAGUAAAUCGGACUUGGCGCGAUGUCGCCAUACAACGGUCAAGUCUGUGGUCAACAAUUGACAUUGAUUGGCCAGAAGCUCAAAAGAAAACCUGGCUUGAAAGAUCUAGAGGAAAGCCUCUCGAUAUCCGCGCCCACCUCACGGCGCCCAGCCAGCUCACUUUGGUCGAAGAAGGGGAGGAUUCCCCUCUCGAUUUUGAGACGCUGAAACAAGAAUCUUCUAGAUGGAAAUCUGUUCUUGUCCGAGCAGAUCCUUGUUCCAAUCAAAUUCGGGAUUUUGUAGGAUUCAUCCUUGCGUGCGAGUUUCCCGCACUGGAAGAGAUGGUUUUGAUUGUCGACGCGGAAUACAAUCCACACCUGGAGGAGAUCUCAAUUCCAGACGAUGCUUACAUUCGCUAUCCCGCCCUACGCGACUUAUCCCUUCGCGGCUUCAUUUUAUGCGGUGUAGUAGGGAUCUGCCUAAACCUUAACAGAUUGGAUAUGCAAGAUUGUGACUUCGCGUUGGGGAUGGACGUUCCUGGACUUUUUAUCCCUUCCCCGAAAUUCGAAGUCCUCACUUUUCACUGGGUCCGAGCAGACACUGACGAAGUUGGAAUCACCUUUGGUGAUGCAUCGCCAGCUGCACCAAGUCUCUCUGUAUUGGAUAUGUCAGCUUUCCAUCCCUGCAGACGUUAUAUUUCGCGCAAGACGCCGAGCCUGAGGAUUGGGCUUUCCCCGAUUCCUUGGUUCAUCCCAAGGACCUUCUCAUUGGCCUCAUACAGAAGACAUCGCUCAAGACUCUGGGCCUCGAGGGUUCGCCGGGGUUUAUAGAUGACAUACUUUCGAAGUCUAUCAUUGCUGCUUCCACUCGCCCAGCCCUCUCAUCCUUAUAUGUCAAUGUCACGCCAAGCAAUUGGCCUAUACCUGAAACGCUACUUGGUACCAUUAUAUCAGCUUGUUCAUGUUUGGACGCCAGCCUAGGACUAAUUUCGAUCAGUCGCGGAGGAACGUCGACGAUUCUGGAUGAACUAUCAAGGACGCUAGACACGUCAAAAGUGAUAGUGACAGAUGCAGAAUUCCAGGUUUGAAAUGGUGUUCAUCAUUCAGAGUUGGGUCAGGGAGUUGGCGAUCAACGAGGGGUCGUUAUUUAGGGCUAGGCCCAAGAAUACAACUUCCGACGCUCUGUGUCUCACUCAUCCCUCUUGACUUCAAAUGCCAUGUCCCAGAAUGCUUUUUCCAAUUCAACGCAACGAUACCAGGUAGCUUUCAACCUUCCGUAUGUUGUAGGUGUGAGUCCUUCUAUGGCGAUUCGUGAUUCAAGCGCAGCUAC